AUGUCUACCAACGCCGACCCCCGUGCCUUUCCUUUGGCCAGUUCUGAUGUUACCCAGCAAAUUCUGGAUAUCGUUCAACAGGCUACCCACCUUCGUCAACUCAAGAAGGGUGCUAACGAGGCCACUAAGACCUUGAACCGUGGUAUCUCGGAGUUCAUUGUCAUGGCCGCCGACGCCUCUCCUAUCGAGAUUGUCCUCCACUUGCCCUUGUUGUGUGAAGACAAGAACGUUCCUUACGUCUUUGUUCCUUCUAAGAUCGCCUUGGGCCGUGCUUGUGGUGUUUCUCGUCCCGUCAUCGCUGCCAGCGUCACCUCCAACGACGCCUCGCAACUCCGUGACCAAAUCAACGGCAUCAAGGACGUCAUCGAGAGACUCUUGAUCUAA